AGUAUCAUAGAAAAACGUCAUUCCAACAAUCAUGUUCUUACUUUUAUAGUACUGUAUGGUAACUUUUUCGAUAUAUUCUCUCUAUCCGUGUGUUUCACGUAAACAAAGAUUUUUACUGUAUUUCAAUUUUAAAGUUUCAAUUUUUUAUUCCUCUUGGUUGUCAUCUACAUUUUAUUUUGGGUUUCUGUAUUUCUGCAUUUUGGAUUCUGUUCUGUAAUUUUAUCUAAUUCCGAGUUCAUUUUAUGAUUAUUGUUUCUGCCAACUUCUAUUUAUUCUUUAUUUACUUUAUAUGUUUUUUAUUUAGUUUGUGUUCUGGCUACCGUAACCUUAUUACGUCUGGUGGCUGUUUGUCUUGUUUCUUUUGUAUAGAGUUAUGUUAAUCAAGUGUGAUGAAGUCAAUAGUGGUCAUGUUGUGGUUAAGGUUAGGUAGAUACAAUACAUACUGACCAAAGUUUAUUUUGUGUGUAUGCACUCUGCCUAAAAUCACUAUGAUAAAUGAAGUACCUCCGUCAGUCGAUACCCUUUGGGAUAAAACGGAAGAUCAAUUUAUGAAAACAUUUAAAUAUUACAAAUCUAAUAAGCCACCACCAUUACUGGCUGAAGUAAUAAAUAUUGAGGAUAUCAAUAAUACUGAUAAGAUUUUAUUAUUAACACAAAAGAAUGCAGUACAGGAAGAUGAAAGGGCCAAACAAUUAGGACUCAGAGAGCUCAAGAGUUGGCAAUUAUACUCCUUCAAGGAGCACCCUGGUUUAUUUUUAAUAAGGAAUCCAUUCACAAGUAAUGGCCAGAGAUAUUGGAUACAAAAAUGUUUACAGGUGUACCCUAGAAAACCUAAUAAAAGGAAUAUAGACAUGGAAACAAAUGUAGAAGACUGGUGGGAGGCUUGUCAUCGUCACGGGAGAUGUGAUAAGCAGUUGAUGAAGAAGCUGAGGUGGACCACAUUGGGUUAUCAUCACAACUGGGACACCAAAGUAUACAGUGAUGAUAAUAAGAGUGUGUUCCCCGAGGAGUUGUCAGCGCUGUGUGACGUAGUGGCCAGGUACCUCGGCUAUGAGGAGUUCAGAGCAGAAGCAGCUAUUGUGAACUACUACCACAUGAACUCCACCCUGUCUGCUCACACUGACCACUCAGAGGUCAAUUUGGAGGCGCCAUUAUUUUCAUUCAGUUUUGGCCAGUCAGCAAUAUUUCUAAUUGGUGGUAGAGACAAGACGACCGUACCAUCAGCUAUCCUCCUCAACAGUGGCGACGUCAUGGUGAUGUCCAAGGAAGCGAGACUGUGCUACCACGCUGUACCCAAGAUAUUGCCAUACGCACCAACACCUUGGAAUGAUGAAGCAUUUGAUGAUCAGUUGGACAUAAUGUAUAUGAAAGAUACUCGAAGGAGUCCACCUUUUAAAUUAAAUGAAUGGAGUAUAUUCGAAAAUUAUAUAAAAGAGUCAAGAAUAAAUAUGAAUGUACGACAAGUAUUAUAUGAAACGCAAUGUAAUUUGAAAGAUUGAUAUUCUAUCUAUUGUUAAUAAAUUUUAUAUAAACAA